AUGGAGUUGGCGACGGACGUGAGCUACUCGCUGGUUGAGUCCUCAGCGGACGGGUCCUACUCGUUUGUGGACAAAUCGGGCUGGAUACCGUGCGAGGAGGGAUUCGACUGGAGCGAAGAGUUGGGCGAGUGCCAGCCGGUGCUGGUGCCACGCAGCUAUAGAUCCUGUCCCUGGGGCUACAAAAUGAACGGACGGUACAAGCAGUGCAUGCGCGUCAAGUACCACGGGAAGCAUCAGUGGGACGUCUUCAGGAAGUGGUGGCACAAGAUCCUCUAUCCGCCAGUGUCUAGGAAACCCAUACGGAAAAGGGAACCCACCAAGGCCACAACUGCGUACACUGGCGCCUGGUUUGGCUACAAUUUGGGCUAUGGCAAGGAUGUGAAGCGUCCUUGAUUAACGUCCAAUAAUCAAAUAAAAGUUUCAA